UCGCGUCUGCCUGCGACCUGCGGGCUCGGCCGGCGGUUAACCGGCGCCUCCUUCCCCCAGAUUGCUUGACCCAAAAGGCCGUGCACCAACGUCUGGUCGCCACCGAUCCCAGAAACGCGCCACCUUUUCUCCAGUCCACCGCGACGUCUCUAGCUCUCUGAAACCAAAUCCUGCUGAAUCCCCAAGGCCCCAGCACCAGCUUUUCGCCGCUCUUUCGCCCACGCCGCAUCGCCGCCCACCGAGACCCGCACGCAUCCUCGUCUGCCCAUAUGGCCGCCGGCCGCUGCCAAAGCGUCUUCUUUUAAUCAGGCGGCCGCCGGGGAGAUGACGAAGAUGCCCGGUCGCCCCGGGACGUCGGGCGGCCUGGUGCUGCGGACGGGCCAGUUUGUCUUCGCCGCCGCGUGCAUCUGCGCCAUGGCCUCCGCGUCCGGAUUCACCAACUACACCGCCUUCUGCUACUUGAUUGCAUCUAUGGGGUUACAAGCACUGUGGAGUUUGGGGCUUGCAUGUCUUGAUUGCUAUGCCUUGAUACUGAAAAGGGAUCUCCAGCAGGCUUUUCUCAUGAGCUUAUUUGUUGUUGGCGACUGGGUAGCAGCGAUUCUUUCAUUUGCUGCAGCGUGCUCAGCAGGAGGUGUAGUCGUACUUUUCGAAAGGGAUGUAUACUUCUGCAGGAAGGAUCCCCAUCUCCCUUGUGGAAAAUUUGAAGUCGCAACUGCAUUUGCAUUUCUUUCCUGUGCAUGUAGUGCUGCAUCUGCUCUUGUAAUGUUUUGGCUCCUUGCUUCGCUGUGAAUAACUUUGUAUGAGCUCUGUCUGUACUGCGCCCUUCUGUGCAAGAAUAUGUCCCAUUGGCACAACUUCAAACAUUUUCCAAAUGCUUUACAAAAGUAAGUUCUUCCAUAAUACA